ACAACCAACAAAAAUUAUACUUGGGGGAAUAAAUCUGCUUCCGGGCUCCGCACUGUCGCGUCCAACAUGGCCUGGACGAAGUACCAGCUCGUCCUUGCGGGACUUAUGCUCACCACCGGCUCCAUCAACACCUUAGCAGCCAAAUGGGCCGACAUGUUCUCAGCCAAGGGUUGCCAUGGCGACCCCGAACACCAGUUCGCUCACCCGUUUGUACAGGCGGUAGCCAUGUUCCUGGGGGAGUUCAGUUGUCUAGCGGUCUUCUACAUCCUGCUAUGCUAUGACAGACGCUGCCCGGAGCCCAAAAUGAACCCCGGCCAGAGCUUCAACCCGCUCAUCUUCCUCCCCCCUGCCAUGUGUGACAUGACUGCAACCUCCCUCAUGUAUGUUGCACUCAGCAUGACAAGUGCCUCCAGCUUCCAGAUGCUUCGCGGAGCCGUCAUCAUCUUCACCGGCCUGCUCUCCGUGGCUUUCCUGGGGCGCCGCUUGCUGACCAGCCAGUGGAUUGGCAUCCUGACCACCAUCCUGGGCCUGGUGGUGGUGGGCCUGGCCGACUUUGUGAAUGGGCACAAGGACGACACACACAAACUCAGCGAAGUCAUCACCGGAGACCUCCUGAUCAUCAUGGCUCAGAUCAUCGUCUCAGUGCAAAUGGUCCUGGAGGAGAAGUUUGUCUACAAACAUGAUGUCCAUCCUCUGCGGGCCGUAGGCACUGAAGGGUUGUUUGGCUUCUUUGUGCUGUCCCUGCUGCUCAUCCCCAUGUUCUUCAUCCCUGUGGGCAGUUUCAGCAACAACCCUCGACAGGUUCUAGAGGAUGCCCUCGAUGCCUUCUGUCAGAUUGGCUACCAGCCGCUCAUCGUUUUGGCGUUGCUGGGCAACACCGUCAGCAUCGCCUUUUUCAAUUUUGCCGGCAUCAGCGUCACCAAGGAGAUAAGCGCCACCACGCGCAUGGUUCUGGACAGUCUGCGCACGCUGGUUAUCUGGGUAGUGAGCCUGGCUUUAGGCUGGGAAACCUUCCAUGGCCUGCAGGUGCUCGGCUUCGUAAUCCUGCUCCUGGGCACAGCCCUUUACAAUGGACUGCACCGCCCCCUGCUGGCCAUGUUGCCCUGCUGCGCAGGGACGGUGAAUGAGGUGGAAGAGGGCAGCUCAGCAGAGAGGGAGAGACUGCUCGAUAACGGCAGGGUCCAAGCAGAUGAUGAGAGCUAACCCUCCACAGCACGCCCUCCCCGCACAUCACAGCACACAGCAUUAAUCACGUGUAGUAGACGUGACACGUGGCCAAGGACUCUGUUGAUGACGACCUCUUUUCAGUAGUGCCAUUCUGACACAUUCUUAUAGUUCGAUACUUUCCCAACUUGCUGCAAUGAGUGUGCAGGCUUUUUUUAAAGGCCCAUCCGGUAAAAGAGGGGUGUCUGGAGGAGCCGUUGUAUUACCUGUGGAUUUUAUCGAGGCUUAAGUGGUUAAAGAGCUGGACUGUUAUUUUCUUAGCUAAUGUCAAGCUGUUUAUUUCGGCCCUUCUUAGUUGUUUUGUAAUGGAUGAAAAGAAGCUUGCACACAAUAAUUUUAAUGUUUGGUACGCUCUAAUCCGUUUAGCGCUGUUUUAGGAAAAUUACUACUUUAAAGAUUGGCAUCUUUGUAAAAAUGGUGUUGGUUUUCAUAUUUUUUUUUUAGAUAACAGUUUUAAUAUCUAUUUUACCUGUUCACAUGCCCUGUCAUUUGCAUGUCUUACAGAUGGUCUGUUUCUUUUUUUGGGGGGGGGGGGUUUACCCCUUUUUCUUGUAAUUGGCCAAUUACCCCACUCUCCCGAGCCGCCCCGGUCGCUGCUCCACCCCCCUCUGUCGAUCCGGGGAGGGCCGCAGACUACCACGUGCCUCCUCCGAUACAUGUGGGGUCGCCAGCCGCGUGGGAGGAUCACACUAUUCCCCCCCCAGUUCCCCCUCCUCCCCUGAACAGGUGCCCCGACCGACCACAGGAGGCGCUAGUGCAGCGAUCAGGACACAUACCCACAUCCGGCUUCCCACCCGCAGACACGGCCAAUUGUGUCUUGUGUAGGGACGCCCGAGCAAGCCGGAGGUAACACGGGGUUUCGAUCUGGCGAUCCCCGUAUUGGUAGGCACCGGAAUAGACCGCCACGCCAUAUGGUCUGUUUCUAGUCAGUCUCCUUUUAAAUGUUACCAGUCAUAAUUUGUCCCGUUGCCAAGGUUAUAUCAUGUACUAUGUAUCAAUACACUGCCUCAUAACUCUAUUUCUCAGUGUCCAGUAUCUCAGAGGGUUUUUAGGUGCUCCAGUGUUUCCUGUGGAAUCUAGAUUAGUCAGAACGGUCAAGCAGUUGUCCUGGUUUUGGUUCGAUAGGACACGUUAUCCAACACUUUUAAACUAAUUUCUCAGGCCCGUUGAUAAAUACGUGUCCUGUGUUGGAGGUCACCGUGUCCCAGGACGUCCCGAGCUGAGCGGUGUGGACGCCACCGUGGUUAUCAACACUGUACACGUCGCCCUCCCAUCCUGGGUUGUGUAGCUGAGCCACUUGCUUUGGCGUGCAACGAGAGGGAAAGGGAACUGUUGUCAUGCAAACGCACAUUUUGAGAGGUACACACUUUUAUUUAACACAAACGUAGACCUGAUGUGAUGUGAACAACAUGUAAUGAACGAUACCGAAAAGGGUUUUUCAAAAAUACAUCUCUGAAACAACCCGAAUUGUCUUGUAUACGUGUUUUUUGUGUUCAUCUUGGAAUUUAACAGUCCGGUCAUUCCUGAGCUCCUGACCGCCCUCUUUCUAUGCCUGGGUACUUCACAACAUUGUUCUGUGGUUCCUCCACCGCAUCCCUAAAAAAACAGUCGUUUUCAUCCAUCUCUUACAUUAAGGUUUCAUUGUAAAGUUAGGUGUUAAAAUUUGGCUUCGAAGUAAAGUUGGUCUUACAAUUGACUGUUUGCAAAAUC